AUGCCGUCCGCCAGGAGCUGCGCCCUCAGUGCUGCGGGCGCCUGCCCAUCUGCGGCUGUGCUCAGGGAGCGUGUAGCAGCCCGCCCCUCCUGCCGCAGGCCAACACCAGGCCUCCGCCGCGCCCUGUGCGUGGCCGCCGCCACCGCGGAGAGCGGGACGCAGGCGGGCACGGCCAGCUCGGGGCGCCCCCCGCACCCAGGCGCCGCCUCCAGCUUCAUCCUGGUGGACGGCACCGUGGACUAUUACGAGCUGCUGGGCGUGGACGACAUCGCCACACCCGCAGAAAUCAAGAUGGCCUACCGCACGCUGGCCAAGGUGUGCCACGUGGAUGUGGUGGGAGACAACCCCGAGAGCCGCAACAUGUGCAUCCUGCUCAACGAGGCCUACGAGGUGCUGAUGGAUCCGGAGCAGCGCCAGGCGUACAAUGCUGACCUGGACAGGGCGCUGCAGGAUGAGGACGAUGGGUACACGGGGGAGCCGCUGAGCAAGUGGAUGGCCAACACCAAGAUGGGCAAGAACAGCGACCCCGAGGAGGCGCGUGCCGUGUUUGUGGUCAAGCGCCCCAACGUGGCCGCCAUGAUGUCGCAGCAGGGCUUUGUGCCUGAUGUGUGGGCCGCCACCACCAAGUACCUGAAGGAGCGCAAGAACAAGGAGGAGGCGCGGGCGCGGGCGGCCAAGUAUUCUGCGGCGCAGGAGGCGGCGCGCAAGCAGGCCGCCGAGGCAAUCAUGUCUCGCCAGGACGGAUGGUUCGGCACCUUUGCGGCCAAGUUUGGGAUCAGCAACAUGGGGGCCGCCGCCGCGAGCGCCAUGAACGAGGCCGUGUUUGGCAGCUACAGCUCAGACGACGAGUACUCUGGCUACCACAAGGUCGGCCGCCGGCGGCGCGCCCGGCAGCGCAAGGAGGGGAGCUACGGCGCACGCGGCAGCAGCGGCGGCAAGGUGCCGCGCGAGCGGGCGCUGGUGCCUGUCGGGGCAGCGCUGCGCCCCUGGCAGCGGGGGCAGUGA